AUGGCUGACGAGCACGAGACCUUCGAAUCCGCCGAUGCUGGCGCUUCGACCACCUACCCUAUGCAGUGUUCCGCCCUGCGCAAGAACGGUCACGUUGUCAUCAAGGGCCGUCCCUGCAAGAUCGUCGAUAUGUCCACCUCCAAGACUGGUAAGCACGGUCACGCCAAGGUCCACCUUGUCGCCCUCGACAUCUUCACCCAGAAGAAGUACGAAGAUCUCAGCCCUUCCACCCACAACAUGGACGUCCCUAACGUCAGCCGUCGCGAAUACCAGCUCCUCGACGUCACUGAUGACGGUUUCCUUUCCCUGAUGGAUGACAAUGGUGGCACCAAGGAUGAUGUCAAGGUCCCUGAGGGUGAAAUUGGUGACAAGAUCAACACUAUGUUCACCGAAGAUGGCAAGGAUUGCAACGUUGUUAUCCUCACCUCCAUGGGUGAGCAGGCCUGCAUGGAAGUCAAGGAGGCCCCCGGUGCCAAAUAA